UCUUCACUUUUAUUUGUGGAACACACUUGAAAUGUGCAAGUUGAAUUUAAUUUUAUUCUUGAUUUUCCUAGUGCCACAUAGGCAGGCGCUAGUAGAAGGACAGUUGUCACUGGUGGAUCCUGAACUAACGUCAGUGUUACUGGGUGAAAUCGAUGGAUUUUUGAACGAAUUAUCAUUAAAUCAUAAAGCUUUGCUGGAUGUCAAAUCUCUAUGUCCCAAAAGCAAACCUAAGUCGGAUGUUCUGGAUGGUAAAUAUAAACCGGACGGUAACUCCAUGGCACUGGUACAAGACAAGUUCAAAGAAUUGAAGGUUCAUUUGGGAAGUCAGACUCCGUUGAAGGAAUGCGAAUAUAUAUUGCAGAAUAUAAAAAGUCGUUGAUGUCGUAGCGUACAAACGAAAUCAACAAUAAUCUUAUGUAAAUAUUUACAUGAGCAGAGCAUCUAAGUCUAAUGAUGCCAUAAAUAUAAAUAAAAAUUCUAA